GGAAACGGUGAUUCUCUUUUCCUUUCAAGAAUCCCAAGAUCCGAACUCAUGGGUGGAAAACCCAAACCCAGAACCAGGCCUCUUUCACAACAACAUUCAAUGUCACCCAGGUUUCAGAGUCACGAUCUGCUCUCUCUUCAUGUCCUUUCGCUCACUCUCUGUUUGUCUCGUAACCACCGCCAUUUUUAUUAAUUGAAUUUUCUCUGUAAAAACAAAAACAAAAAACAAACAAAACGCAUAAACCACAACAAAAUAAUUUCACAUUGCAUUUACAUAUUUCAUGGCAACAACCACCACAACUACUACUAGUACUACAACACAUCUCAAAGUUCAAGCUCAACCCAUAAAGCCCAAACGCCGUAAGUAUCGUGAAACCACUAUCUCCUCCUCUGCCACCUCCACUUCUACCGCCGCUACCGCUACUACUGCUACUAGUACUUCUACUGAUUCCUCUGACCUUUACCGGACUCAGAAGCUUGACCCACCUACUGUUGUCUCGCCUGAUAAUUCCUGGUGCUGCCCAGCUUCAAAACCCAUUUCAAAUCCUCCACAAUCGCAGCAGCAGCAACAGAGAUCCGUCCGUUCACCCGUUAGAGAGCCUGACCCGAUACUGAUCCCCGAUUCGUCUUCAUCGUUUAGAAUCCGGUUCUCUCCCGGGAGUCUAUCGCCAGUCAUGGACUUCACGCAUACGUCACCAACAUCAUCGACGACGACAACGCUCAACGGUUACUCGUCCUCAGAUUCAGCAUUCCCUUCAAGUUUCAGCAAAUUUAAUUCGGCUUUAACUGCGGGUCUUUUAAAUCCGAUGUCGCCCCCACCGGAUAAAACCCGUUCCAGCCCCACGCUUUUCGAAAUGAUGGCGUGUGAACCCGAGAUUCUUCCGAAAACCCAGAUCCCAACAAACCACCAGGGUGUUCCCACAAUUCCCCCGAAAAUGAGUCACCAACAGCAGCAAACAUUUGAUAGCCAGCAAUUGAAAAUGCAAAGAAUUUCAGAUCUUCUGCUGACUAACAGUCCGGGUAAUCAGUUCAACGAGCCGGCGUCGAGUGACAUAAAACUGACUCUGAGUUCUAAGGAUGGUAUAAGUGUAUCCAUGAAUGUGCACAGACAGAUACUUGUGGCACAUAGUAGAUUUUUCGCGGUUAAGUUAUCGGAUCGUUGGACAAAGCAGCAGCAGAAAACUAAUCUUCCGUACAUUGUGGAGAUUGCGGAUUGUGAUGACGUUGAGGUUUAUAUUGAGACUUUGAGGUUGAUGUACUGUAAGGAUCUUAAAAAGAAGUUGAUGAGAGAGGAUGUUUCCAAAGUUCUUGGUGUUUUGAAGGUUUCAGCAGCGAUUGGGUUUGAUGCGGGGGUUUUAUCCUGUUUGGAGUACUUAGAAGCUGCACCAUGGGCUGAGGAUGAAGAGGAGAAAGUGGCUUCAUUGUUAUCAGAGCUCCGACUUGAAGGUGUUGGAGCUGGUGAAGUUUUGAAGAGGGUUUCAGUUGAAGUUACUGGUGGAACAGAAGAGGGUAGUAACAAUGACGAAGUACUUCUGAAGCUUUUACAUGUAGUUCUUGAAGGCAAAGAUGAGAAGGCAAGACGUGAAAUGAAGGGGCUGGUAUCUAAGAUGCUUCAUGAAAAUUCAUCUCAAAAUGAUCUUCGAAAGGAGUCACUGUACUCUGCUGGUGAUGGGUGUUUAAAAUUACUACGCCAGCAUGUUCUGCAAGCAGCAGCAGGGGAUCUGCGGGAUGUGGGACAGAUUGCCAGGCAGGCGGAUAAUUUGCAUUGGAUUUUGGAUAUCUUGAUUGAUAGGCAGAUUGCUGAGGACUUUUUAAAAACAUGGGCUUCUCAAUCUGAAGUAUCUGAGGCACAUUCAAAAGUUCCAGCCAUCCAUAGGUAUGAUAUUAGCAGAGUUACUUCUAGACUGUUUGUUGGAAUUGGCAAAGGACAGUUAUUGGCUUCAAAGGAUGUUAGAUUCUUGCUGUUAAGGACUUGGUUGGAGCCUUUUUAUGAUGACUUUGGGUGGAUGAGGAGAGCAUCCAAAGGCCUUGACCGACACUUAAUUGAAGAUGGUCUUAGUAACACGAUUCUUACUCUGCCUCUAGCUUGGCAACAGGAAAUUUUGCUUGCUUGGUUUAAUAGAUUCUUGAACUCUGGUGAGGAUUGUCCUAACAUACAAAGAGGGUUUGAAGUUUGGUGGAGGAGAGCAUUCUGGAGACGUAGUGGUGAGCAGGAACGACCCAGGCCAUUACGAAUUACAACUGCAACUAUUGAGAACUCGUGAAGUUAAUUGCAACACCAAGAAAUAAAUGAUAAUGCUCUAAUGGAUCUAUUGCCUUCUUGUGGUCGCUUUGGUCUUGGUUCUAAAUUAAUUUUUUUCCCUUUUUGUCUCCUUCCUUGCUAAACCAGGACUGGAUAUUCUUUGGAGGGAUUUGAGUUUCACUUGAAGUAUAUUACGUGUCUGUUUGACUUCAUAUAACCAGGUUUAGUCUGGAAGAAGACAACAUUCUCUGGAUUCAACUCCCAUAUAUAUGUGAAGAUAAACUCAAUAGAAUGCUUGUUUUAUCUAUUUGACACAUCAGUUGGUGCUCGUA